AUGUCAAUGAAACGUAUAGUAAUGUUGGGCAGUGGAGGUGUUGGUAAGUCAGCAAUCACAGUCCAGUUAGUCUCUGGGCACUUUGUUCAAAUAUACGAUCCAACAAUUGAAGAUUCCUAUCGAACAAACAUCUCUGUUGAUGGUGAAACGGUUUUACUUGACUUGUUGGACACGGCAGGACAGGAUGAGUACUCUGCACUUCGAGAUCAAUACAUGAGGUCUGGUGAUGGGUAUGUCAUUGUUUACUCAAUCACUUCAAUGGCAUCGUUUUUAGAAGCAAAUUCAUUUAGAGAACAAUUGUUCAGAGUUCUCGAAAAAGACUUCAGUGAACACAUUCCAAUUGCUUUGUGUGGAAAUAAAUGUGAUUUAGAGUCAGAGAGACAGGUGUUUACAGAAGAUGCAAAAAAGGUCGCUGACGACUGGAAAAUACUAUUUUAUGAGACUUCAGCUAAAAACAAAACAAACAGGUAA